UCGAUAAUCUUACCCCGGCAGUGAUCAUGAAGACGAUGCUCGUACAGUUGUUGGCUAUUGCACUUGUUGCCGGUAGCCGAGUAUCGGGUUAUCCGCAGGAGCGACUCAUUGCAGAUGAAGUUUCUGACAUCAAAGAUAAAGCCGAUCAUGAGGAUUCCAUGGCAUCGCCGUCCGAAACGGACGUCGUCGAGGAAGCCUACGACGACGGCGACGACUCGGACAUGUACAUGGAGCCGGACGGCGCCGAGUCAAGUCAAGCCGACAAGUCUCACGGCACGGAAACCGAGUCAUCGAAAUCCGAGUAUACGGAAAAAAAUCAUCGAAAAGAGGUGAAUCGACCGAUGACGUUGCCACGCGCCACCAUUAUAGCUGUAAGACCAGUCCAGACGUCCAUCCAAGUGACUUCCAGCGAGUCCAUGGACUCCUCUCGAUCCGAAGAUAAGCCGGAAACGGAGGAAAAGAGCUUGGAAAGCGACAGUCAGAACUUCUUCCCAUCUUUUGCCGAGCUCUUCGGUAAUCAUCGACUUCCCUAUACCGAACACCAACAACAACACCGUUACCGUCCCAGCCGCUUCCUCGGGUAUUUCCAACGCGACAGACCCUUCACCAUUGCCGCAUCCUCCUCGAAUAAGGAGAACCAGCCUGCUCUCCUGGGAUCCGGAAACUUUGGUGUUAUCCGCGGUGGCACUUAUUAUCCCGAAAAUAAAGAACACGACGAAUACAGUAUCGACGAGUCGGCAUACAGUCCCUUCUACCACGGUAGCACCCGAGGACGCUCCAACUACUACAAGAAUCCGAAGCCGCAGCCUAUUCGCGGUGGAGACUUCUUUGCUAACUUCCGCGACUUUGCCGAUAUCACGGCCCCGCCUAAAUCGAGCUUCUCCCAUCUGUCGGUCGUGUACGCCAACAAAAACGGCAGCAGCGCCGGACGCGCACUCGAACAGCCGAAGAACAUCAUCGAAACAUUAAGGAUGCUGGAGCAGGAGGAGGAAAUGAACGCGGCGGCUAUGGCAGCGGCGGCGGCGGCGGCGGCGGCGGCGGCGGCGGCGAGGACGACGACGACGACGACCGAAGUGCCGCAGAAGAAGCUCAGCCAGGGCAAGAGAAAACUCAUAAAGAUCAAGAAGUAUCAAGAGGAGAAGGCCAGAAAAUCACGUAUGACGAUCGAGCCUCUGCUCGCACUUAGUUGAACAAUAAGUCGAGAUCUGUUUAUAGAGUGACUUGAUUAAAUAAAAA